UCCUCCUCAGCAAAGCCAAACGUGGUCAGAGAGGAUGACCGUGCACCUCCAUUAAACAAGGAGAGCGAGAACGACGACAUCCCCUUUGCCAUAGAGGCCCCGGGCAGUCGACGGAUCCUGUACUUCUCCGACUCGGAGAGCGAUUGCAGUCAGAUUUCCUCGGAAUGCACGCCUCAAAGCAGCCUUGAGACGCCUGUGUCUUCCAUUUCUGAGGACCUGGCCGCCUCCCGGACAUUGAACGAUGCCACCCGGGUCCUGUCCGUUUCUUCCACGCGCGUGUUCUCCAAGACCCCGUCCCGGGACUGA